CCGGGCCCUGGCGCAGACGGCGGAGAGAGGCGGCGAGCGCGCCUGGGCUCGCUGGCCCGGCCAGCGCCGCGCCACAACCGGGGCGCCCACGCGAGGACCGCGCGCCUGGGUCUCUCUUCAGGAAUGACGUCAUCUGGUCACCUCAUCAUCUUUGAAGACCACCCACUCUUGAUGCCAAGCUGCUGCCAAGAACUAGGAGCACAGAUUCCUGGAUUCCAUCAGCAUACAAAGCAGCCACCAGCAGACCCCCAGGACCAGGACAGCGGAGGAUGAAGAGGACCAGAACUGACCAGCCUGCUGUCCCUCUUGGCUAAAGACUUAAACCAAUGCCCUAGUGAGGGGGCAUUGGUCGUUAACCCCUGACCUUUGCUAUGCUUAUGCCUUGACUCUCUACUUUCCUGUACCUGUCUGCUUUUGUUAACCUGCUAGCCAACUGGAGUGUUUCCCUCCCCAAGGGGGUGUCAGUCUUUCUCGACUGGCUCUUGUUGCCCUCACAACGUCCUGAAUUGAAGGAUCCUUUUGGAAUUUUCUCAGGAGGGGGACCUGGGCCAAGGGCUUGACCCGCUUCUCCCUGGCAGUUCCAAGCCCCUGGCAGCACUCCAGACGGCCGUGUCCCCGGGGCUCCCCUUGCACCGUGGCCGUCGGGCUGACCUGACCCAGCUUCUUGACCGUCUUCUCUCCACUUGCUGUCUUCCUUCCUCACCUCCAAUUUCCUCUUCAACCCACUGCCUCCUGACUCGCUCUGCUCCGUCGAAGGGCUCUCACUAAGGCCGGCUCCGGCGUCCCCCGGCUGAAGACCUGCGGUGGAAGAAGAGCCCCGCGGCGAGGACCCCGCUCUGGACCCAGCCCUUCCUCCUGCUGCCCCUUCGUUCCUUCCUGGCUCCGGCCGAAGCCAUCACCUGGAAUCCUACGUGGGAAGGGACCUCAGCCAUGGGACCCCAGCACCCUCCGGGCCUAAACCGGCAGACGGGGAUGCCAGUGCCCUGGGACUUGGAGAGCGCGGGCCGAGGGACUGGCCCCUCAAAUGGGCUUGGAGCUCCAAUGACCUUCACUCACCCCCUCGAAAUGUCUGGAAAACAUAAUGGGCAGAUUUUCUGUCUUCAAAGUUUCCGGCUAAACCUCUUCAAGUUCUUUAUUGUUUGGGACCGAGACACUCAGGGAUGGUAAUGGGUUGUUUCUUUUGUGUUUGCCUUGAAAGGCCAAAAUAUUUUUAUACUGCAAUAGACAAAGCCACCUAUUUACAAAUGAACUCCAUGUCCGUCGUUUCCCACCGGGAGACUAUGUACCAUGUGUGUGUUUCUAUGUAUUCUGGGGUCUUGAAACAGGUUUCUCAUGGGGAUGGCCAUUCACCAGGGUGCAGAGGGGCAGAGCUCGAAGCAUCUGCCCUGCCAAGGGGGCUUGGGGAGUGGGGGCCCUAGUCUCAGACCUGCCCGCAGCGUGUCUGGGCUGUGAGCUGGGAGGAUCUGAGAGUAAACUAACACUUCCUGUGUCCCUGUUCCGCAUCUGCCAUUUGUAUGUGUCUCUGGACUGUGGGUUGUCUAUACCUUGGUGGUUACCUCAGUGGGAGGAAGCAGGAAGGUCUAAGAUACUGUGAACGUUCUGUUUUUUUGUUAUUGGGAGGCCAUUUCACUGGUAUCUAUCACAUUAUGUAGUGAAUGAUUGCAUGAGUGAAUGAAUAAAGGAGGAAGGAGUGAAUAAACACAUAAAUAGGUCAAGAAAUAGGCAAGCCAGGGUGGGAGUGUACACUGAACGAGACUAUGGUCCACUCGCUUUGACGCCCAGGUGAUCAAUAUAUAAAUCCAUAUCCAUAAGCUAUUGAAUCAAUAAGUACAUAGGACCACACACAAACCAAUAUCGGGUCACCACGGACCAGGGAAUCUGUGUAAUUCAAAUAGAUGCCCCUGACCUUUGUCAAUAAAAAAAAAAAAAAUAGAACACAAAUAAAAGAAAGAAUGAAUGAGUGAGAAGGGGAAAAAUGCAUAAUGAUGCAUAGAUUUUGAGGUCUGAAUGAUCAAAAGGGAGAAAGGAAAGGUAAGAAAGCAAAACGAAAAAUUAAAGGAAGAAGGAUAAUUUAAAAAUUAGAGGAUGAGUAACUAAGGAGGACUGUGUCAGGUGGUUACAGGACAAGUAUGAGGAUCAAUACAAAUAACAUAUGCUUUUGGCAUAGAAAAAUAAAUACACAAUGGAGAAAGAGUUCAGAGAACAGCAAAGAAAGAAAGAGGACCCAGUGGGCCAAAGAUGAGCGUGUACUUUGACCAAAAGUUAUCACCUGAAGGCUCCACAUAAAUAAAGGAUAAAUGCCAAAAUAAAAGAAGGCAAAAAACCUCCGGAUGAACGGAUGAAUGAAUGAGUGAACAGUGGAAAUGUGGAGCCCAGUGCCAGGGGACAGGGUGGCUUGAGGGGUUUGGAGUCAUCUAGUCCUGGGAAGUGAGGUCUGUUAGGGGAAAGGAUAGUAGAAAGAGAGAAUAAAAUAAAAUAUCAGUAAAAAUCAAGAAAUAAGGAAAAACGUUAACAAAUGUUAAGUACAGAAAUAUAUUAAUGUUCGGUAAGUAUAUGAAAGAAGGUAAAUGCUAAAGGCAAUGAUAAAAGAUCGUCAUAGAUCAAGGGUUAUGGUUAAUCCACUUCUAAGAGACCACAGUUUUACCAAUAAAACAAUAAGUGUCUAAAUGAACAAGUCAGUGAAUACCUAAAGGAACAAAGGAGUGAGGUAAAGCGAGGAGCUGUGGCCCCCAGGCACUUCUGGUGAGGGUAUUGGGGGUGUGACGAGUCCCCUCUGAGCUCAGAAGUGACAACUAUCUGGACAAAUGGAUCUGUCCAUGAGAGAGAGUUAGGCUAGGAUUCAUUGUAUAAGGAGGGAGUCAAAAUCUGAGCACCUGAUUCCACUAGUAGACGAAUAAAUACCUAAUAAAAAGAGAAAAAGCACGAAGGAAGGAUGGCAUGAAUGAAUGAAUGAAGGAAGGAAGGAAGGAAUGAAUGAAUAAAUGAGACACGGGGCUGCAUAGGCGAAGGAUGGGGGAUUUGCAGGUGGCUUUAUGAUUCAUCAGUCCCUGGAGACUGAGCGCCUCCAAAGACUGAAAGAAUGCAAGAAAGAAAUAUUAAGAGAGUGAAAGAGAGAAACAAUGAAAAUGGAAAGAAACAUUAAAAACUAGCUAAAAAAGAAGAAAGGUAGUGCACUAAGAAAUGAAUAGAUAAAUACAGAUGCAAGGGAGCCAUGCUAGGAGUAAGAAUGAAAGGGUGUGUGAACCAAGCACGCUACUUAAUUAACGUCUGUGCUUGUGAGAUGAACACCCACCCACCCACCCAAGGAACGUUUGAAUGGGUCAGGGAGGACUUCAGUGGGGCCCAGGAGGGGAGGGCCCAUUAACUACAGAUUAUGAUGUAUCCAAUUAGGUGCACCUGCCGUCUAGAAGUGCAGAAAUAAGUAUUUAAAUAGAAAGAAAGACUGAAUGGAUGCAUGAAUGCAUGAAUGAAUGAAUGAGAAAAAAGAUUUGCAUUGACUGAUGAGGAGGGUGUUGCAAAGAGGGUUAGGGUCGUUGAUCCUGGGUGCUAGUCCCCAAAAGAAUGAAAGAAAGAAAGGGUGAGUGAGUGAUAAAGAGAAACAAUAAGAUGGGAAAAAAUGAAAAUUGGGAAAAAAAAGAAGUGAGAAAGAUAAUAAGUAAUUAGGUUUAACACUGAGGCCUAUAAAAGGGGGCUGGUUAAGCACAAGUCAUCCACAUGAAUUCAAAUCUGUGGCCCUGAAAUUUAUAAAUAAUAAUUAAAAAAAUACCACAAGUAAAAGACUGAAAGAAUAAAUGCAUGCAUUCUGUAGGAGUGGAAGAAAAGUAGCUGGAAAAAUUGAGAGAAUGAGAGAAGGAAAGAUGUAGGAAAAGAAAAUAAAAUAGACAUGGAAAAGAAAAAGCACUUCCUAGCUUAGUACCUAAAUGUAAUGAAUUAAUAUUACUCAUUAAAUAAAUAGCUAGUUAAAUUGGAAGUUCAUCAAUGAAAGUACAAACACCUAAAAGAAGGAAAGGGUAGAGGGGGGAAUGAAUGAAUGAAUGAAUGAAUGAAUGAGAAAUGAUCAUUUUAAUGAACUCACUUCUGCACUCGAGGUCCACCAGAAUAAAAGAAUACAAAAAAGAGAAAGCAAGGAAAAAGGGAAUAUAGAAAAUAAAGACAAGAUAUAUAUAAGCGAUAAAAACAUUGAUUGAAUAAAUAAAUACAUAAAUACAUGAGAAAGAGGGCCAUGCGAAGACAAAAGGAAAAAAAAUGAGAAAAGGCAGUAAGAAUUAUGACUAAUUCAAAACUGGGCUCCUCAGAUAGUUAAAUAAAUCCUGAACCAAAUCACCAGUCCGAGGAAUUAAGGAACAAAGGAGAGCCCCACAUGGGCCGGUGUCGAGAAGGCUCCGGGAACCACAGAUUACGGUUAAUCCAAUUCUGUGCACCUGAGGUCCAUACAUAAAAGAAUAAAUAUUGAAAUAAAAGAGUGACAGAAAGAAUGAAUGGACACGCGAACUACUGAAUUAGAGAUGGAAAGGGCUGGAGCAGCCUCGCCCUGGGGACUGUCACUCAUCUCACUCCAGGCACCUGAGGUCCCUAAGAAUGAAAAGAUGCAGGAAAGGAAGUGUCAGAGAGUCAAAGGAGCAGAUAAGAAAGGCAAAAUUAAACUAAAUGAAGGAGAAAGGGUGUGGGGGAACAACAAAAAAAGGAAGCAACGCAUGGGCGUGUCUGCAAGAGCAGGAUCUGUUAGGAUUAGUAAUGAGGUUGUCAUUAAUCCUGAAGAUUGAUGAGAUAAUCCAGACCCAGGUUCCUAGGGGGAGGGGAAACAGAGAACAUGAAAAAAGAAGUGGAAAAGGAAAAAGGAAAGAUAAUAAACAAACAACCAAAGUGAUAAAUGGGUAGUUAAGAGAGGCUGUCUGAACAAGGAUUAUAAUUAGUUCGCAUACAUACUCCUUAAAUAGAUAAAUACAUUACACCUUUCAAAGAAUAAAUGAAAAAUAGAAGAACGUACCCAGCCCCAAAACAAGGCUGCAUCUUCUACCACUGUAAUAAAAUAUAGGCAAUUGAGGUUCAUAAAUAAAAGAAUAAAUACUUUAAUGUAAAAGGUGACUAAAUGCAGGGAAGAAAGAUUGCAGAUGCAAAUAAAUACAUGUGCCAAUGAUAUUUGUUUUGCACGUGGGGUUUUGGCUAAUACAAUUAUGUUCACAGGAGACUAAUACAAAAAAAAAAAUACUCCAAAUAAGCAAGAAAGGAAGGAGCAAUGAGUGAGCCAGUGAGAGAAUGAAUGAAUGAAUGGAUGGCGCAUGAUAAGUGGUGCUUCCUGGGAGGGGGUGCUGCACACGGCUCCUAUCCGGUCCUGGUGCUUGAGUUUAUAAGAAAGAGAGAAUAAGGGAGAGUGAGAAAAAAAGAGAAAGAUGAAAUUGGGGAAGAAAUAAGAAAGAAAGGAAUAAGGAAUACAAGUAACACAAGAGUAAAUAAACAGGGCUGUGAACGGGGCCUGAUGUGACCCGAGGGCUAGGAUUACUUUAGAGCUAAGCUACUCAAGCCUGAGCAGAGGCGUCCCUCAGAAUGAGUGAAUGCAUGGAAGAGAGGAUGGCAGGAAGGUAGGAAGAGAAGGAGGAAGGAACCUUCUCUCCAGGUGUCUGUGCCUGCUCGUUUUGUGUUCUAGCCAGCGGGGUGAGGUGGUUCCCAGAGAAAGAUGGCUGCUGGCAUGUCCUGUGCUUGUUCUACUUUCCCUGGCAGGGAGGAGCAAGCUCAGGAAGAGCCUGGCCUUGGAGUGCCAUCGCCACAUCUUGGCUGUGUGGGCCAUUUCACUUCACCUCCCUCAUCCUCAGUUUCCCCAUCUGUAAACUUGGAAUGGCGUCAGCUCCCUAGUUGGGUAGAUCUUGGGGGUACAUGCUCACCCCUGUUGGCAGUGCCCUGUCUACAGCCCCGGAUAGGCGGGAAGGGCUCAGGCCUGGGGCCCUGCAGAGGGUUACAUGGACAAGUGGUGCUGAGCCCGGGGGUCACUUGGCCCCAGUGGACGUGGGUCACCUGCAGGCUCUGUGUGUGGGAGGCCUCGCCCGCCAGGGGGCAGCAGCGGGUCAGGGAGCAGGAGGCCCUGGGUAUGGCAGGUGCCUGUCCCUGCCAGGGCCUGGUGCAGGGGAAAGGGAGAAGAGGGCCAGGAGCUCCUGACAAGGGUAACCCAGGAGCCCAGCGACCCGGGAGCCCCGGGCAAGCCACCAGAGACCUUGUCCUUGUCACUCUCUGCAGUCCGCCCGGGCAGCCCCACCUGGCCUCCCAUGGCAGGUGCCUGCCUCUCCAGGCGGGGUCCUGGAGCGGGUGCAGCUCAGCCCGGGCUGCAGAAGCGGCCCUGGACCCUGGUCCCCUUGGCGCGCCAUCCCCAGAGCCCUGUUCAAGGCCUCUGUCUUCCCGACUGUCGUGCGGUGUGCUCUGUAUCGCUGCGGCGGCGGCGCCGUGUGUGGACUUGUCUCCUCCCCGAGACUGGCCCUCGGGGAGGCGUGGGGAGACCCGGAGAGUUGUCAGCGCCCACAUUCCUCCCCAGGGACUCCCCAGUCCUGGAGAGGCCUCUCUGUCUGUAGUGGACAAAACUCGUGCGGUUACGUGUCGUGUGCCCAUGUUUGUCUGUGAAAACAAGGGCCAAAGUCCCCCUUGGUUUCUCGAUUCCCAUUUGGGACGUUUGAAAACAAGCCAAAUUCUUAACAAGAGCCCGGAGCAGGAGGAGCACAGCCUGGCUGGACCCAGGAUGCUGGGCAGGGAGCACGUGCAGACCAGGGGCUUGGCCUCAGGGCCACCCUUCCUGAGGACAGAGGGUGAAGGCCACGGCUGUGUUCCUGAUGUCAGUGGGUCCCUCGUGUUCCUGACGUGA